CAAUGUUGUAUAACCUACCUCAUCACUGUUGAUGUGAUGUUUUGUAGGGUUCGACCGACGUCCAAUGUUUCACUUAUCAGAUUACACCAAACGCGUUUCGUCUCAGGCAUGGUUGCUAAAAUUCUCGCUCGUGUCCUGAAAUUGCGCUACCUUGUUUUUGGGGCUGGUGUCGGGGGAGCUUAUGCUGUAAAUCAGAAAUAUGAUGAAUUCAAGAGUUCCCUUCCUAAUUUUGGAUAUUUAAAGCACUAUCUCCCUGAUGAAUCUGAGGUUCGUUCGUUAUUUGCAACUCUAAAGGGCGCUUUGUCGCGGACUUCUGCCGACCUCUCGAUACGAAAAGAGUCAGAAAAAAUCAUUGAAGAUCUCAGAGCUGAGCUUAUCAAAACAAAAGUAAUUGUGGUGGAUAUCCUUUUCACUUCUUUUCAGUUGCAAUACCAAAAGACCAUGAAUGAUUUAAAAAAUGAUAAUAGGACUCUGCGUAAACAACUUCUUCUGAAGUACCAAAAGACAUCACAACCGGAUAGGAUCAAGAAAACUCUUAUUGAUAUGUACUCUGAAGUCCUUGAUGAACUCUCUAGUCUUGAUACAGACUACAAUGUACAGGAUCAUUUGCCAAGGGUAGUCGUGGUUGGGGACCAAAGCUCUGGCAAAACGUCUGUAUUAGAGAUGAUUGCUCAAGCUCGCAUCUUUCCUCGAGGGUCUGGUGAAAUGAUGACCCGUUCUCCUGUCAAGGUCACUUUGUCUGAAGGCCCUUACCACGUCGCAUCUUUUCGCGACAGCCCUAAAGAAUAUGAUUUAACGAAUGAAUCAGAACUAGCCGGUCUGCGAAAUGAAAUUGAGCUCCGAAUGCAAGGCCUAGUUUCAGACGGUAAGACUAUUAGCACUGAGGUCAUCUCACUCAGUGUCAAAGGACCUGGGCUGCAGCGAAUGGUGCUAGUUGAUCUUCCUGGAAUAAUAUCAACUCAAACCACUGGUAUGGAACACGGAACCCGCGAAAACAUUCGGAAACUUGCAAAACAAUACAUGGAUAACCCUAACGCUAUUAUUCUUUGCAUUCAAGACGGUAGUAUUGAUGCAGAACGAAGUAACGUAACCGAUCUCGUCACUUCUGUUGAUCCUCAUGGGAAACGAACCAUUUUUGUUCUUACCAAGAUUCGUGAGAUUCUUGAGGGACGGUUAUUUCCCAUGAAGGCUCUUGGUUACUACGCUGUUGUAACGGGGAAAGGUUCGAAAGACGAAAGUAUCGAGAGCAUUAAAGAGUACGAGGCCGAGUUCUUUAAAAAGUCGCGUCUUUUUCGUGAGGGGGCACUCAAACUCUCUCAAAUGACCACCGAAAAUAUGAGCAAGGCAGUCUCCGAACGAUUCUGGAAAAUGGUCAAGGAUUCUGUGGAGCAGGAAGCAGAUACUUAUCGGGCUAUCCGCUACAACUUGGAAACCGAAUGGAAGAAUACAUUCCCACACCUGCGUGAAAUGGACUGUGAGGAGUUAUUCGAUAAAGGCCGGAACGAAAUUCUUGAUAACCUCGUUAGCCUGAGUACCGUCCCUUCGGUAACGUGGGAGAAAAAAAUUAAGGAACGUCUAUGGCAAAAACUCCAGCCCUAUGUCUUCGAGACAAUUUUCGAACCUGCACGAUUGAAGACCAACCUAGGGUCUUAUCAAACCUUCGUUGAUGUUCUUCUUCGAGAUUGGUCGCAACAUGAGCUACCCCAAACAUGCGUCCAGGUUGGUUGGGAGGUGCUUUACGAUGAGUUAGAGCGGGCCGCAAAGGAAGCCGAACAUCACCGGGGAUAUGAUUACAUUUUUGACAAACUAAAGCAGGAGGUCAUCACACAGACACGCAAUCGCCAUCAGUGGGACGGAAAAGCAACCACGCGUCUGAGAGUUAUUCAAGCAACAACACUCGACGACCACACUGUGCACACAAAGGCUCAGUGGGAUGCUGCUGUCAAUUUCCUUGAAGAUGCCCUAUAUUCUCGCAUCAAGGAAGUAAACCAAGCUAUCUCAGACCUACGUGGACCAGGCUUGCUUUCGCGCUGGGUGCACUGGACCAACCAGACAGACGACCAGAGGAAACGUGUUGCAACGAUCGAUGAAAUCCUUCCUAUUCUUGCCUCACAGCAGCGACCAACUAUUGAAAUGUCUGCCGAUGACGUAACUACGGUUCGCCGAAACCUCCAGGCCAAGAAAUUUGCCGUCUCCAACAAAUUUAUCCGAAAAACCUACGCACCACUUGUUAAGCAAGUAAAUCUCGCCCAUGCCCUUUCUGCCUGUCAGUACUGCCGUCGCUGCUUCUACUACUACCAACAGGGCUUCAUGGGCCUUCUAAACGAAGAGGAGGGGGAAGGAGGUGGCGUUGAACAGGAUGCGGAGUUGGCGAUUAAUGCGACACGUCCCUUGACUGCUGCUCUUUCUUCCAAAGACUCCAACCAGUCAUCUAUUCAACACGACGAAGAUGCACCAACAGCGUCUGACCGGGAGAAAACGUCUAUUGCGACUUCCUCGCCUAACCUCGGAACUGACUACAUCGACUGUCGAGAAGUUGUGCUUUUUUCACGGCUCCUUCGGAUGAUCGAGGCUUCUAGCAAUUCACUGAGACAACAGCUAGUCAAUGAUGAAAAGUACGCUCUGGUGGAACCCUGGCCAGUGCUUCCACAAGUCGAAGUUUUAAUAAAAGUCGUGUUUUACUGGAUUUCAAAGCAUUCAAUGCGUUGUGUUCCCUUUAUAGUUCGACGGAUGGAGCAACAGGUAAAGGCGGUGCUGAAUGAGAUAUCAGAGGACCCCAUCCGCCUCAACACUCUCAUAACUGGAAAACGCGUCCAGUUGGCCGAAGACCUGAGUGAGCACUUUCUCUCUACUGCCAUACGUUUCACGGUCUUUUGUUUAAUUGCAAGGCCAACAUGA